AUGGUUCUUGGACCAGAGAUGAUUGAGGAUAUUGUGAAGCAGGUUAAGUUGAUCCAAGAAAAGAUUAAAGCAGCCCAAGAUCGACAGAAGAGUUAUGUUGAUUUGAAAAGGAGGGAAGAGGAAUAUGAAGUAGGAGAGAAAGUUUUGUUGAAAAUUUCACCCAUGAAAGGGGUGAUGAGGUUUGGGAAGAAGGGAAAGCUAAGCCAAAAGUACAUAGGGAAAUAUGAAAUCAGCCAGGGAGUGGAAAAAGUGGCUCAUAAGUUGGAUUUGCCUAGUGAGCUAGAAAGGGUUCACAAUGUGUUCCAUGUAAGCAAAAUUCAAAAGUACAUUCCGGACGUGACACAUGUGUUACAACUAGAAACUAUCGAUAUGGAUGAGAAUUUUACUUAUGAGGAAAGACCAAUAAAGAUUAUUGACUCUAAGGUAAGGAGCACAAGGAACAAGGACGUGAUCAUUGUGAAAGUGUUGUGGUCAAAUAAAAAAACUGAAGAGGCUACAUGGGAAGCUAAACUAGGCUAUAUGAGGAAAUGCUACCAAGAGUUGUUUGCCUAA